UCAUAUAUUUCAAGUUUUUUUUUUAAAGUUCUUCUACUGUUUCUAGUUAGACUCUGUUCUUCAUCCAUCAUUCAAAUACUCGUCAUCACUGAUCAGUAAUUUCGAUUUAAUUUUCCGGGUUCGUAUUCAAUUCCAUGAAAAUAUUUUUAUUCAUUUCUUCAUUAAUUUUUAUGUUUUUCUCCCCAAGUCACGGCAUUGGAAUAAAGCAAAAACACCAGCUGUUCCUUGCUUCAUGCUCGAGAUUAAGCAAAAAAAAACAAAAUAUUUUCCUUUUUUUUUCAUAAAGCAAUUAGUUUCGAAUUAAUGCACUAUAAAUAUUACCUACUUUUGACAGUAGUAUAUCUAAAUAAAAACAUCAACAAAACUUCAAACUCCUUUCAUCCUCUUUUAAUCCUCUAAUCCAGUCUUUACUUUUGUUUUUUUCAACUUCAUUUAUCAAUACCACGUGAUUGUUGAUUCGUUUUUGCAGAUUAAAUUUUGAGGAGACGUGACGUUAGCUGUAAUUCAUUCUUUACUUGCUUUGACUAUUAAAGGCGGCACUAGCGGGAAUAAAAGAAAAGAAACCCUAUAGAGACACAUUUGGUUGUGUGUGUGUGUUCAUUCGUCUCUACUGGAGACAGAUCUUGAUUACAGAUUCAAGACCUAAGAGAUCUAGGUUCUGUUCUUGAGUGAAUAAAUCUAGUGAGAUCAUGGGAAUGAGUCUUGAUUUCGAUGUUGAUCUUGAGAAAGGAAUCUUAGAUUGCCAAAAUGUUUAUACAAAAUCGCCGGAGAAGCCAUCGAUACCGAUGUGUCCAGAUAUCAAACCGGUAGAAACCGGUUUGUUAGAGAACGAUGCAAGUCCGGUUAAAUGUGCGAUCAGUAAACCGGAAUGGGGGAGGAGUGAACGGAAGGAGAAACGCAAGAAAUCAGCGUCGAAACCUCCUAGGCCGCCGCGUGGACCAUCGCUAGACGCAGCGGAUGAGAAACUGAUAAGGGAGAUCGCUGAGCUGGCGAUGCUGAAACGCGCGAGGGUGGAACGUAUGAGAGCUUUGAAGAAAUCGAGAGAGGCCAAAGCUGCGUCUGCCUCCUCUUCUCUCGGCAAUGUAUUCGCCACUAUUCUCACCGCUAUCUUCUUCUUCGUCCUUGUUUUCCAAGGAUUGUCGCCGAGAGCAGCCGCUAGCUCCGGGGAAUCUCCCUUUGUUGGAAAAGCCAGUGGUGGUUUUGUACCGGUUCAAUAUGCGGGAAACCCAUCUGCGAGCGAACCGGGUGUAGGUUAUGGCGGUCCGGUUAUAGCACAGAGAAUGCCCAAUUUACUAAAACCAGUUUCUGGAUUAGAGAAUGAACAGAAGAUGAAUAGAGUUUCACAGUGAAAUGUACACCAACGGUCUGGAGUUAGGAGUUGGGGCCAACUCCAUACUUGUUGAUCAAACCAUAUAUCGGUUUAGGUUGUCGGUGAACCAUAUAUGAAUACCGAUAAUUUUUUGUGCCAAAAUCAGCUGCUUUCUCGGCGGCAAUGAAACAAUAACUAUCCGAUGUGGGUAAGAGUAGUUUUGUAGUAAUGUUUUUCGUGUAAUAAAAUAAGAGAAGUUACAAAUAAAGUAAAUUGAGUGUUAUACUUUUA